AAACUUGCAAUUAUACCUUUCACUGUACUGUUAGAAACCAUAUUUUUGAAAAAACAGUUCAGCCAGAAGAUUAAGUUAUCUCUACUCGUCUUGCUUCUUGGAGUUGGCAUUGCAUCUGUAACUGAUCUUCAGCUCAAUUUUGUUGGCACAAUCCUCUCACUUCUUGCCAUUUUAACAACUUGUGUUGGCCAAAUUCUUACAAACACAAUACAAAAGAAGCUAAAUGUAUCAUCUACUCAGCUGCUGUACCAAUCAGCCCCAUUUCAAGCUGCUAUUCUUUUUGUUUCGGGCCCUUUCGUGGAUCAAUGCCUAACCAAACAGAAUGUUUUUGCUCACAAAUAUUCCACUGUUGUAUUGUCUUUCAUUCUGCUUUCGUGCGUGAUAGCCGUUUUUGUGAACUUCAGCACAUUUUUAGUGAUUGGAAAGACAUCGCCAGUUACAUAUCAAGUACUAGGUCAUCUCAAGACAUGUCUUGUUCUUGCAUUUGGUUAUACACUUCUGCAUGAUCCUUUCACUGCAAGAAACAUUCUUGGCAUACUAAUUGCCAUUAUUGGAAUGGGUUUAUAUUCCUAUUUCUGCACCAAUGAAAGCAAAAAGAAACAAGGGGGAGAUGUUUCAUCCAUGCCUCAGAUUAAAGAGAAAGAUACAACACCGCUGCUGGUGAGCCAUCAGGAUAAAGAAAAUGGAGUGUAGAAUUCCAUUGUUUAAGCUUUUAGGCUCAUGUUUGAUGAGCAAAGAUUUUUUUUUUCCCUUUUUCAGACAUUAUAUUCUAAGAGUGUAAAUGAUUUUGAUUCUUUAAAUAAUGUGUAUCCCUUGGAACACUUGAUAAGAGCUUUCGCAUUUGGAAGUUUUUUCUCUGUGGUGUUCAUGAAAUAGAAUUGAGAAGAUACUUUGCCUCUGUUUGAA